GCAUCCCGCUUCCGGCGCGGAGGUUAGAGUCCACACGCCCAGGCGCUUAGUGAUGAUGUCAGCUCCGGUUGCCAUGCUGAGUCGGAAGUGGGAACCCUUUGGCCCCUGAGACUGUCGUGUCGUCGCUGCUGGCCCUUCAGGCUCUGCCCCUCCCCCUAGGUCUGGAUGGAGGAUACCUUAAAGUGAAAUGACAGACCAGGAGAAUAACAACAACAUCUCAAGUAAUCCCUUUGCUGCUCUUUUUGGCUCCCUGGCUGAUGCCAAGCAGUUUGCAGCAAUCCAAAAAGAGCAGCUGAAGCAGCAAUCUGAUGAACUCCCAGCUAGCCCAGAUGAUUCGGAUAAUAGUGUGUCAGAGAGCCUGGAUGAAUUUGAUUACUCUGUGGCUGAGAUCAGCCGCUCAUUCCGGUCACAGCAAGAGAUAUGUGAGCAACUCAACAUCAAUCACAUGAUCCAAAGGAUCUUCCUCAUUACUCUGGAUAACAGUGAUCCUAGCUUGAAAAGUGGGAAUGGCAUCCCCAGCCGUUGUGUGUAUUUGGAAGAAAUGGCAGUAGAACUGGAAGAUCAAGACUGGCUUGAUAUGAGCAACGUUGAGCAGGCCAUCUUUGCUCGCUUAUUACUUCAAGAUCCAGGAAACCACUUGAUUAACAUGACUUCUUCUACAACAUUAAAU